AUGCCAAUGCACGAGAACGAGAUUGACACAACCAAUCAAGCUCUUGGAACGACCGUAAUGGUACCAGGUGAUGAAGAUUCUCUAUCGACGCACAUUAUAAUGGAUUAUUUCACUAGUGAUGGACCACGAGGUAGGAGGCUCGCCCACACGAGCUACAAUGAACUUGACAGGAAUGAAAAUAGUGAAUAUAAAAUUUUGCAACACUUUGGAGCGAUAGCGUCACAAACAUUUGAAGAACGAGCGAUGGAGACAGAUUCAGCAAAGGACAAGACGACAAACUACCAAGUUGUGCGGUCAGCUUCGAUGAUAGAAGAGAUGAGAACACGGAAAAUUGCACCGAUGGCGUUGGCAGUGCUUGUGUUGAUAUUAGCACUAGCACAUUGGAUGUGGAUGUUGAACGUGGUAAAAUUAAGUGCACUGAGUCUGGAAUUUGAUGUCUAG